UCUGCACUUGCGCAAAGUAGCAGCAUGACAAGCGUGUCUGAAGCGUCGUAGUGACAAGCAGGCACAGCAGCACGAACCGCAUCCCCACAACCGGCAUUUCCGAAGAGUUCGUCACCCGUUUACAGUAAGAUGUCCUGGCUGUUCGGCCUUAACAAGGGGCAGCCCGAGGCGCCCCCUGAGUUCCCCGGUCCGCCGCCACCACCUCCACCGGCUGGUGGGUCCGGUGGUGGCUCCACAGGCGGUGAUAAACCCAAGGACAAAUGGAGCAACUUCGAUCCAACGGGGUUGGAGCGAGCGGCCCAGGCAGCCAAGGAGCUGGACAAGUCCCGCCAUGCCAAAGAAGCUCUGGAGUUGGCACGCAUGCAGGAACAGAGUGUUCAUAUGGAACACCAAACCAAAAUAAAGGAGUACGAGGCAGCACUGGAGCAACUGAAGGGGGAUCAAAUCCGCAUCCAAGGAGAGGAGAGGAGGAAAACUGUGAAUGAGGAGACCAAACAACAUCAGUCGAGAGCCCAGUACCAAGACAGGCUAGCCAGACAGAGGUACGAGGAUCAGCUCAGGCAACAGCAAACCAUAAAUGAAGAAAACCUCCGCAGACAGGAAGAGUCUGUACAGAAGCAGGAAGCCAUGAGAAAAGCAACAAUUGAGCAUGAGAUGAAUCUGAGGCACAAAAACGAGCUUCUGCGUGUGGAAGCGGAGUCUAGAGCAAGGGGUCGCGUGGAGCGGGAGAACGCUGAUAUUAUCCGUGAGCAGAUCCGCCUGAAGGCAGCAGAACACAGGCAGACCGUUCUGGAAACUAUACGAACUGCAGGUGCUGUGUUUGGAGAAGGAUUUCGAGCUUUUGUGUCUGACUGGGAUAAAGUGACAGCUACGGUGGCAGGACUGACCCUUCUGGCCGUGGGCGUGUACACAGCCCGGAACGCCACGGGGGUGGCAGGGCGAUACAUUGAGGCUCGGCUUGGCAAGCCCUCAUUGGUCAGAGAGACGUCCCGCAUCACUGUGGGGGAGGCGAUUAAGCACCCCGUAAAGGUGACAAAGCGCUUGACGAGCAAGCCUCAGGAUGCCCUGGAGGGAGUAGUGCUCAGUCCAACUCUGGAGGAGCGUGUACGUGACAUUGCCAUAGCAACCAGGAACACGAGGCAGAACCGUGGCCUGUACCGUAACAUCCUAAUGUACGGACCUCCUGGCACUGGAAAGACCCUUUUUGCCAAGAAGCUGGCAAUGCAUUCUGGGAUGGACUAUGCCAUUAUGACAGGUGGUGAUGUGGCGCCUAUGGGCCGUGAGGGCGUCACUGCUAUGCACAAAGUGUUUGACUGGGCCAACACAACUCGCCGUGGCCUGCUGCUCUUUGUUGAUGAAGCUGAUGCAUUCCUUCGCAAGAGAUCCACUGAGAAGAUCAGUGAAGACCUUAGAGCAACUCUGAACGCAUUCCUUUACCGCACUGGAGAGCAGAGCAACAAGUUUAUGCUAGUACUGGCCAGUAAUCAGCCAGAGCAGUUUGACUGGGCGAUCAACGACCGUAUCGACGAGAUAGUCAACUUCGCCCUUCCGGGCCUUGAGGAAAGGGAGAGGCUGGUGCGACUGUACUUUGACAAAUACGUGCUGGAGCCAGCCACCGGGGGGAGACAGAGAAUGAAGCUGGCACAGUUUGACUAUGGGCUGAAGUGUUCUGAGAUUGCCAAACUGGCAGAGGGCAUGUCCGGCAGAGAGAUCUCCAAACUGGGCGUGGCCUGGCAGGCUGCAGCAUACUCAUCAGAGGACGGUGUCCUUACGGAGGCCAUGAUUGAUGCCCGGGUGGAGGACUCCAUCAAACAGCACCUCCAGAAGAUGAACUGGCUGCACAGAGACGAGGCUGCUGCAGAGGUCAUACCUGGCCAGACCGGGGCAGCGGACGCUGGGGCUGGGAUAGGUUUCACACUGCCCAAGGGACAGCCUGCCCAGGCUCAGGAGGUCCUGGCUCCUGUCCUGGGGACUGUCCAGGCUAAAGUAGAGAGUGUCCAAGCAGAGGACAUUUUACAGACCCAAGGGGAGGGGCUAGAGAGUAAAGCCCAGAAUGAAGCCCCUCCCCUUGAGAGAGAGGCAGGGAAGGAGGGUGAUGCCAAAUCUACGCCAUCAAAAGAUGGGACUCCGGUUUAAGAUGAGGAAACUGUCUGGAAUUGCUGCGGUUGAUGCCUCCUGUUCCUCAGUGUGUGUAGUCUGUAUGAACGUCUGUCUGUCCGGCUGGCUCUGGCUUCCAGAGCAGAGAGUGCCGAAGAGACACUAGCUAGCAUUUCAUAAAACAAUUAUGCAGAAACUGAAGAGCAGUUCUAAUAUAUUACAUAUUUAAAGAUUCUGGAAAUGUACUUUAUACGGGUACCUUUUGUCUGUAAUUGUAGAAAUAGAGAUGCACUGUAAGAGAUGACUACUGACAUGAAGUGUUAUGGAGAUGGCUGUGUUUUUUUAUAAACAGUAAAAUAAUCGAUAUUUCUUACAACAGUUGAUCUUUGUGAUUCAUUAUGUAUAAAAUGUUAUGGAACACAAGGCAGACCACACAUUGGUCUCUCUUUAGAUAUAUUUACAUUACAUUAAGACAGAUUAAUUGCACAAACAAGUUUAGAUGUAGGAUAGGUAUUAAGCCAUAGUGCAUGAUGAGGUAGAAUUUAAACAGUGCAAUGACUUUGUAAAACUCCACUGGCAGCUUUAACGAAACAGACAUUUUCCUCAACAGCAAUGUCUGGAUGGAAAGACAGGCACAAGACUGGGCUAGGUGGACUCAGACUAUAUUUCACAGUAAUAAGAGUUACUCACUUCUACACUGUUAUGCCAAGGACACAUAUCAUCGUAGCUGGUUCUCAUGUCCUUGACAUGGCACUGUAUGAAUGAGGGUUGUGUUGGUCACUAAACACUACAUAGGCAGUGGGAAAGCUGUUAAAGCCACCAUGGUGCACCUGAUUUUCAUUUGAGCACCGUUUUAUGAACUUUAAAAUGAGUAGACCCCAGUUGGAAUUAAUAGAGGUUAUACUCUAACACCCUACCCAAAUCAAAUCCCAGGUAACAUUUCAAACUACAUUAUGAACAUGCCACAACAUAAUAUCACAGGGCAUAUCACCCUCAGGCUAAAUAAAUAUGUCUUCAA